AUGACCUCAAUCCAACCAUUUGAAGCAACCGAUUUAUUUGAUUUGCAACCAGUAAAUUUGGAUCCAUUGACAGAAAACUUUCCACUUGAGUUUUAUUUUGAAUAUUUAAUUCUAUGGCCAACUUUAUUUUUUAAGAGUGUUGAAAACGAAUACAACAAAGAUAAAAAGACAAAUACUCCUGUUACUAGUGGAUACAUAAUGGGAAAGACAGAGGGCAAAAAGUCGGAAUGGCAUUCUCAUAUAACAGCAGUGACUGUUUCCAAGAAUUAUCGCCGUUUAUCAAUUGCUUCAAAAUAUUUGUGUGUUCCAUUUGCUAAAAUUAGCGAUUUCAAUAGUAAAGCUUAUUUUGUUGAUUUGUUUGUUAAAUGUAACAACGCUUUAGCUAUUAAAAUGUAUGAAAAUUUGGGGUAUAGCAUAUAUAGAAGGGUUGUUGGAUAUUAUGGAGAUGGGUCAAACAAUUCCUUGAAAAAUAUUGACGAUGAUAACGAUGCGUAUGACAUGAGGUUGGCUCUAUCUAGUGAUCCUGAUGGUAAAAGUAUCAGAAGGAAUGGUAAAGAGGUCCGAUGUCUGCCCAACGAUGUUAGGUUUUAA